AGCAUGUCUAUGCCAGAGAACCUCCCAGAGGGAAAUGAGUAGAGGCUCAGACUAUAGGGCGAUCUUCCAUAUAAAGCCCCUACAGCUUUCCAGCUCAUACACCUUCCUUUAGUGUGACUGGUGUGGUAGUCAUGAGCCCCGGACUCCGAGUGCUGGUCAUCUCCAUGCUCCUGGCUGCUCACAGCUCAGCCCAGCAGCAUCAGCCCAAUGAAAGGUAUACAUUUACUUGUGGUGGAAAUCUAACAGGAGAAACGGGAGUUCUGGGAAGUGAAGGGUUUCCUGGAGUCUAUCCACCCAACAGCAAGUGUACAUGGAAGAUUACAGUACCUGAGGGUAAAGUUGUGGUCCUUUCCUUCCGGUUUAUUGAUUUGGAGAAUGACAAUCUAUGCCGAUAUGACUUUGUGGACGUUUAUAAUGGACAUGCUAAUGGACAACGCAUUGGAAGAUUCUGCGGCACUUUUAGACCUGGUGCUCUUGUAUCAAACAGCAAUAAGAUGUUGGUCCAAAUGGUGUCAGAUGCCAACACUGCAGGAAAUGGUUUCAUAGCAAUGUUUUCUGCAGCUGAACCCAAUGAAAGAGGGGAUCAGUACUGUGGAGGCCGCCUAGACAAACCUUCUGGAACCUUCAAAACACCCAACUGGCCAGAUCGGGAUUAUCCUGCUGGAGUGACAUGUUCAUGGCAUAUUGUGGCUCCAAAACAUCAGGUAAUCGAAGUAAAGUUUGAGAAAUUUGAUGUGGAGAGGGACAACUAUUGCAGAUAUGAUUAUGUGGCAGUGUUUAAUGGAGGAGAGCUGAAUGAUGCCAAGAGGAUUGGGAAGUUCUGUGGGGACAGUCCACCUGAACCCAUAGUAUCUGAGAAAAAUGAACUUCUCAUCCAGUUCUUGUCUGACUUAAGUCUAACAGCCGAUGGGUUCAUUGGCCAUUACAAAUUCAGGCCGAAAAAGUUACUGACGACCACGUCCUCUCCUCUCACAACAGCUGCUCCGACAACUGCAAAUCUGAAACCCACAGUUGCAUUGUGUCAUCAAAAAUGUAAAAGGACUGGGAACCUGCAGGGCCAUUACUGUUCAAGUAACUUUGUCAUUACUGGCACCGUUAUAACAACAGUGAGCAGAGGUGGAAGUGUGUAUGCAACAGUGUCUAUUAUCAAUGUGUAUAAAGAAGGGACACUAGCCAUCCAGCAAGCUGGAAAAUCCAUGAGUGUCAAGAUUAUCGUAGUGUGUAAACAGUGCCCAAUGAUCAGAAGAGGUUUGAAUUAUAUCAUCAUGGGUCAAGUCGAUGAAGAGGGGCGAGCAAAGAUUUUACCGAGCAACUUUGUCAUGAGCUUCAAAACAAAGAACCAGAAAUUGCUGAACACAUUGAAAAACAAGAGAUGUUAGAUGACGUCUCGGCAUAUGUGACUGUGCUUCUCCUGAUGGAAGAGAAAGAUAAUAUGACUUUAGGAAUUCUGUAAUUCAGUGAGUCUUCAUCAUCUCUUGGCAGUGCUUUAUACUUUCACUGCUAGACUGGGCUGGCCAUCAUUAACCAUUCUAAUUUCUUGCACCUCCAGUCAGGGUAGCUCUAAUAUAAGCUUCUCCCUUCGAGAUUCCAUUGACUUAUAAAUUGAACUGUUCUAAGUUCCGACUACUUUUAAAGGGAAUCUAUCAGCAGUUUUGACCAUACAAAACUUUUAUCAGCACUAGGCCGUGGCUAGGGAGAACAUUACAAACAUACCUUUUGUAGAGUUUUUAUUAUCACGAGUAGUGGGAAUAUAACGUUUAUUUUGACAGAUUCUGCUCCUUAAAGGGGUUUUCCAAGUUUCAGAUAUUGGUGGCCUAUUCUCAGGAUAGGUCAUCAAUAUCUAGAACCUGGAAAAUGCUUCUAAGUGCACUGGAGGCAGAACUGGAGUGACUCCCCACUGCUCUUAUUGACAGAUGAAGUAGCCUCCUGGUUGGAUGCUACAGCUGUCACUCAGAGCAGAGGGAAACAGCUCAAUGCAAAGAGUUCUUCACAUUGAAACCUCACCUCUAGAGUACAUCUAGGAGCAGAAACUGGCAGAAUAAAAGUUCAAAUUUACAUUACUCUUAAUGAUGAAAGCUCCACAAAAUGUAUGUUUAUACUGCCCCAAACUAGUGCUAUCAACAGUUUAGCAUGGCCAGAACUGCUGACAGAUUCCCUUUAAAUCUGUUUUAUUUAUAGAUUUCAGAAAAUUAUGAAAAUUAUAUUUUUAGGAGUUAAAAGUAUGGUGAUGUAACAUAUGAGAAAAAACUAGUGCAAUAUUUAUAUUUUUUGUUUUUUAAAAUUUUAGGAUUUUUUUUUCCAGUGUAAUAAAUAUUUUAAAAUGCAUUUUUUUGUUCAAUUUAUGCUUAAUAAAGUCUA